GGGGCGCGGACCCUGCCGGCAGCCAUUAUCUGGGAGCGCGGCGCGCCGGGCGCGGAACCGGGCGUUGGGGCCGCUCCGCCGCUGCUCCGAGCCCGCGGCCCCGCCGCUGCUCCGCCGGGCUGGGGCCGCGAUGGCGGCUUAGCCUCGCCCUCGGCCUCCCCUUGCUCCCCGCUGUGCUCGCUGAAGGCGCGGCGGCAGCGCGGCCUAGCCGAGAGGGCGGAUCCUCGGCCUCGCGUAGCGGCUGCUGCCCGCGGAGGGCCGCCCUCCUCGGGAGGCCAUGUCCUUGGUGGCCUAUGCCAGCAGCGAAGAGGAGAGCGAUGCGGAGGAGCCCGCGGGCGACGAGGAGGAAGCCGCCGCCGCUCCUCCUCCUCCUUCUGCCGCCGCAGCCCAGCAGCCCCCGGCGCGGGGGCUCUUCGCGACUCUGCCUCCCCCCAAAGCCCCCGCGGUGCCCCCGCCGCCGGGCAGCGGCUUCCCCCUGCUGCCGCCGCCGCCUCCCUUCCUUAUGGGCCCUCCGCCUGGCGUGAGGGGCUUCGGCGCCCCCCCGGGCCCCGCCGUCAGCCCGCCCGAGGCGGGCGGGAGCGGGGAGCAGCAGCCCCGGCCGGGGGGGCUGCUCCUGCCGCCCCCCAGGAACGCUGCCGCCGACACCGCUGCCCUCAGCCUGCCCCCUCCCGGCGCGGCCGCUGCUGCUCCCGCCGCGGCCGGGGGGGAUUCGAGCCUCCCCAAGCCCAAGAAGAGGACGGAGCCGGUGCGGAUCACGGUGCCCGAGUUGCACAAGGGAGAUUCAGAUUCAGAGGAAGAUGAACCAACAAAGAAGAAAAAUACUCUUCAGGUACCGUUUGCCCUGCCUGAAACCGUGCAGGGCCGCGGCGAGGGCUCCGGUUUGUCCGCUCUGCUUCCUCAACCCAAGAACAUGACAGUGAAGGAGACCAAUCGGUUACUUUUGCCCUACUCCAUCUCGAGGAAAGCCGGAGAAACCCCCUGUGACUCCAAAGCUAAAGCCCCCACCUCUUCCUCCAAAGCAAAACCUCUCUCCAAGCCAGCAGUGCCCACGACUCCGUCUCCAUCCGCUAUCAAAGCCGCUGCCAAGAGCGCGGCCCUGCAGGUAACCAAACAGAUCACGCAGGAAGAGGAGGACAGCGACGAAGAGGUCGAGCCAGAGAACUACUUCUCCUUGUCUGACAGGAGCGAGCCCGGCGUGGUGGGUGCUGACACCUACAUGUACUCUGGCCCCGUGGUGCCGGAGGACCCCCCGCCCGGGACGGAGCCGGAGCCCCACUUCCAGGACGCUGCUGCCAACGCGCCUCUGGAGUUCAAGACGGGCGCGGGCUCCAGUGGGGCUCAGCACAGUUGGGUGCCCAAGCCUGGAGAAGAUUACAGCAGCCAGCCCUACAGCCACUUCCCUGCCUACAGCGAGGCGGGCGCCUACUAUCAGGAUUACUACGGCGGCGGGUACUACCAGGAGGGGGAACCAGCCCAGGCAGCAGCGCAGGAGAUGAGCAGCGACUCCUCCUUCAUCGAUGACGAAGCGUUCAAGCGGCUGCAGGGCAAGAGGAACCGCGGGAGGGAAGAGAUCAACUUUGUGGAUAUCAAAGGUGAUGAUCAGCUCAGCGGAGCCCAGCAGUGGCUCACCAAGUCCUUGACUGAGGAGAAGACCAUGAAGUCCUUCAGCAAGAAAAAAGGAGAUCAGCCCACGGGGCAGCAGAGGAGGAAACACCAGAUCACGUACCUGAUCCAUCAGGCGAAGGAGCGAGAGCUGGAGCUGAAGAACACUUGGUCUGAGAACAAGCUCAGCCGGCGCCAGACUCAAGCCAAAUACGGGUUCUGACACCUCUGGCCUGCUCCGUGGCUGUGUCCCUCCUGUGUGGGCUCACCCCUGGGGUGGCAGGACACCGCGCUCCCCUGCGGCACGAGAAGGGUCCUGAACUCAUGCGAGCUGGUCCUGAACCUCCAGCCGUCACCUUUCCCCUCCCUCCUUACAAACAAGAGCGUGGAAGGUCCAAGCCAAGCCUGUUCCACGCAGCGGAUCCAGCCCAAGGCAGGAGAUGUGCCUGGCACGAGGCUGCGGGCGCAGGGGCUGCUCCUCCUCCCGGGUAACCUCACCCAGGAACCUUGGGCAGAGUCUCAAUAAACUCCCAAUUCCCACUUUGCUCCUUUCCCGGACUCGCUGUGCGUUGAGAGUGUGAUUGUCCUUGCUGAAGGAUGCUUCCCAAGAGCAAGCCUGGCUUUUUGCCCCCUUGUUUUUUGUGGUCCCUUUGAGUUGAGCCAUCCUCAACGGCUGCUUCCUCGUGGCUGAGUAACUGCAGAGCUCCUCUCACGCGACGGCUCUUGGUUUCUGUUCGAGUGGGGCUGGGUUAAUGCUCCUCUUCUCAGCUCCACCAGCCUCUGUGUCUCCAGCUGUGCUGAGGGGAACCUCCUUUUGCAGGUCAGAGCUUGCCCUCGAGCUGAGAACACCCCGGGGGUGAUUGCGGGGAGGAUCUCGAGGUGCUUUUGGAUUAACAUGCUCAGUGUGUGGAUGUACCUUCCCUUUCCCCCCCGCUUCCUCCUGAGCCACGGCCUGCAGUGCUGCGCCAGGCUUGGCCCAGCGCUAUUCCCAGCGUCGGGAAGCUCACCCAGCACCCCCAGAGGGAAGCUGCCAACUGGACGUGUAGGAUGACUUCUUCUUUCUCCCCGCUUUGUUUGUAUCCUCCUGGUUCCAAUGAAGUAUUAACUUGUCCCUGCUGGCUGGGAAGAGGGAUUGAAGCUGAGAUGUGGAAUCCAAGGGCUUGGUUGGGGUGAUGGGGCUGCAGAUCAUGGGCUUUGCUGGCCAGACCCACGUCUCCUCAGCCACAUCUCAGUGGCCUCCCUCGUGUGAUGCUAAAGGGGACAGGGCUGGUGUUGACCUGGCAUUCCUGCUACUACGGGUUGUAGUGGUGUGAGCACGGGCAGAGCAGCUCCUAUUUGUUGGAUUUAGGACUCCCAAGAGGGGUUUUUCCUCCCCUGACUCCUGUUAAAACCAAGCAACCAACCCUGAGUGAAACCUUUCCUUCGAGUGGUUUAAAGGAGCCCCAUUCCCGGCUCACUUCCCGGGAUGGUUUAGUACUUCCAGAGCCCCUUUGGAGCAGUGAAUGAGCAGAAUAAAGUCACUGUGGAGUAAUUUAUUCCUCUCUCCCCUGUACAGCCCAGGCCUCCAGAGACACAUUUGAUAAAGGAAUAAAGUUUUCAAUGAACUCGGU